GCAUGAAGCCCGCAGCGAGAGUAGUAAUCACAUUCCUUGAACACUUAUAGUCGGAAAUGGCUUUGAAACCUGCACUUUUGGCUGCUACGGUGUGGUUUCAAGCCACAUUCCUCGUUCUCCGACUUCUCCCAACAGUUGUAUGCCUUGCCAACCAGACGGUGCCAUCGGAGCCAACAUCAAAACUAGAUGCAUGGAUUGCGCUGAACAUGAAACAGUAUGAAAAGGCUUCAAAGAGCAGAGCUUUCGACAAUAUCCUCCUUGCGGGCCUUAGCAGUACACCAAUGAAAAUCAUUAAGGUCAAAGCAGAUGGUUCUGGAGAUUUCGAGACGAUUAACGAUGCAGUGAAGAGUAUUCCGUCGGGAAAUACAGAUCGAGUGAUUAUAUCGAUUGGUGGGGGUACGUACAAGGAAAAAGUUUUAGUCGAUAGGACGAAGCCCUUCGUGACGUUCUAUGGGCAACCGGGUGAUAUGCCCACCAUAUCGUAUGAUGGUACAGCAAAGAAAUAUGGGACCUUUAACAGCGCCACGGUCGUCGUUGAGUCUGACAACUUCAUGGCCGUCAAUAUUAUCUUUGAGAAUUCUUCUCCAAAGCCAGAUCCUAAAAAGUCAGAUGGACAGGCAGUGGCAAUGAGGAUAUCAGGGGACAAGGCAGCAUUCCAUAAUUGCAAAUUCAUAGGGUUCCAAGACACCUUAUGUGAUGACCAGGGCAGGCAUUUGUUUGAGAACUGCUACAUUGAAGGCACUGUUGAUUUCAUCUUUGGAAAUGGAAAAUCCAUCUACAGGCACACCACCAUAAACUCGGUGGCAGAGAGUUUGGGUGUGAUCGCAGCACAGUCUAUGGACGACAGCUCAGAGGACAGCGGAUUCGUUUUCAUCGAUUGCAAGAUAUCGGGGACCGGUGAUAUGUACCUUGGUCGCGCAUGGAAGGAGACUUCUCGGGUUGUCUUUGCCCUUACAUUCAUGGGUAAUCAAAUCAAUAGCGACGGCUGGAUGCCGGCUAAGAACCAAGAGAGCGUGUUUUACGGAGAAUACAAAUGCUCGGGACCAGGGGCAAGCACCACAAAACGUUCAUUUGGAAAGAUUCUUACUGACGAACAAGCAAAGCCAUUCUUGAGCAACACUUUCAUCGGAGGAAACGAGUGGAUUCUCCCAGUUCCCAAGAUUUGAGGUUUUCUGUCCUAGGAUUUCAUGUAAUAAAUUUUGUUCGUGUAUAAAGUGGAAAAGUAUUGGUAUAUGACCAAUAAAUUAAAAAUUCAAAUGAAAAGGAAUUGACACUUAUUUUCAUUA